AUGAGAAAAGCUGAAUUGCUGAAGACAAACUCUAGUUCCAUGAUUUCCUCGAAUGAACUCCCGGAUCAGUACCCCGUCGAAGCUCCACCUAAAUUCCUCCGAAAGCUGAAGUGGGCUGCUGUUGCGGGAGGUUGUGAUGUCCGUCUGAGGGUGUCUGUGGGAGGCAACCCGAGACCGACACUGCAUUGGUACCAUAAUGAUGACCCUCUGAUAAAUGAUCAUGAGGAUUAUGAUGGCUUGUGGAUACGAGAUUGUAAACAAGCUGAUGGAGGCCUCUACACCUGUGUGGCUGUUAAUCACCUGGGUGAAGCUAGAACCAGCGCUGUUCUUGCUGUGCUGGACCUUGGAGAAGACUCAAACAGUACAGAAGAUGAAAGUGCAGAGCCUCAGGUUUCCAUGGAGAUGAAGGAACAGUUCAUGCCUCCUCAAGCAAUCAACAGUCAACCGACUGGCAGGGGGAGAGCAAUGCUUUCCCAAAUCCCAAGUGAUGGUCUCGUAAUGGAGAGGGAAAUGCGAACCUUGGGCUCUAGAGCUCCUGGUCUUGAGGCUCCCUUGUCACCUGCAAGGGGCCAAUUGGACUUUGAAACAAGGGAAGCUUCUUUAUUUGUCCAAACCCAGCCAUUCCAAAAAGCUCAAAGCCCCAUUACCUUAAGUGGUGUAGAUCGAACAACUGCCCACAAAUGCACCAAAACAGCCAUGAAUGGAUCUGAACUUCAUGUUAAGAUAUCAAAAAUCUCCACUUCAUCUCAAAGCAGUGGUUCCCAAGAAGCAUCCUCUAUCCAAAGGCCCAAAGUGACACAGCAAUGUUCCAAAAUUUUACACAAAGUGAGAGCUUUUGAGGAACAAAGCCACAGCAGUAACAUUCCAAAGGUGUCUUCAUCAAGACUUUCAUGGGGUUUCAAUCGAACAUCAUCGUGCAGGUCUGAGAAUGAAAGGAGUAAAGCAGGGACGCCCCAAGACAAGAGUGAUGUAGCACUUAAGAGGUCUUUCUUCAAGCAGAAAGCAUCCUCUCUGGAGGAACAGUCAACCUAUGUAGAGAAAGGUUUUCAGAGUAAACUCUCAGAAGAGCUUCACAGAAUAAAGAAACUUGUCGGAAAGUCCAACAUCAAGAAAGCCUUUUCAAUGGAUCAGCUCACCCAGACUGACAAACAGUCUACUAGAAACACUGAGUCAGUUCAAGCCCAGAUAAUUCAGAAGGUGCAAGAUACAAGAGAGAAAAAAUAUACUAAUUCAAGUAAUUUAUCAGAGGCAAAAAAACCAUCCUCCACCUUGGAAAAGGAAGAAUCACCAGACCUACCGAUAAAGAAAAUGCCAGAGGACUCAACACAACAUGAAAGGAAAGCACCCCCUGAUAUUACAGAAAACCAGUCCAGGAUUAAUUCUAACCCUGGGCGAUUGUUAGACAGAAAAGUCAUCAAUGAAAAGGUUGCUUUCAGUAAAAUACCAGGACAGUGUUCACCAAGGGUACCAAGAAUAAAUGCAUCCUGCAAAUUACCAAAGUCACCUGUAGAAAUACCACCUUCCCAACACAAAAUGCAAGUGGGUUUGUUGCAAGCACCCCUAAAACCUCCAAGGUUGUUUGGUUCAGUUUCCACGCUCCCAAAAUCAUUUAAGGAGAAAGAGGAGAAAAAAGACUCAUUACUUGCACCUAAAGUAACCAUACCUACUAUUGUGGUUGAAAAUAAGCCUGUGGAUGAAGAGGCAGAAAAAGCAGAGUUUGGUCAAAAGGAAGCAAACAAAAAUGAAGGAAAACCAGCCAGAAGAAACAGAGAGGACCCAUCAGAUGACUUCUGCAUGUCUGUGAAGGAGGACCACACAGAGGCCCCCAUGGCGGAACUUCCUUGUAAGGGUGUUAUGGGAUCCUCUGGAUCAGAGGUGAUGCUUCAGAGCAUCAUCAAGGGAAACCCUGGGCCCAGAGCUACUGCUGAGUCAUCUCUGACCAUUGUCAGACCUAUGCAGGAUGUGAAAGUCAAGGCAGGAGAGAUAGCCUUGUUUGAAUGUUGCGUAACUGGGCCACAGGCUUUGGAUGUUGAUUGGCUAGCCAAUGGGAAGUUGAUACAGCCAGCACUAUUUGAUUGUAAGAUGCAGUUUGAUGGACAUCGAUGCCAUCUUCUGUUUAAAUCUGCACAUGAAGACUACAGUGGAAGCUAUACUUGCAAAGUCAGUUCAGCAAAAGAAAAUCUCUCUUGUACAGCUAAUCUUCUGGUGAUUCCAUCUAAGGAGCCACUCUUUACACGGAAACUGGAGGUACUGGAGGCUACUGAGGGCUGGUCUGCACAAUUUGAUUGCAAAGUCAGUGGAUUUCCCCCUCCUGAAGUGACCUGGACUCAUUGUGAACAACCUGUGGUGGAGACUGAUAAUAUUCGCAUUCUCCGAGUAAAUGGGCAUCACUCUUUGCUCAUCACUAAUGUUAACAAGGAGAGUGAGGGAUUUUACACAGUAAUUGCUCGAAAUGUUCAUGGACAAGCGGAGAGCUCUGCUGAACUCCAUGUGCAGGAACCUCGACCUGCCAUAUGUACUCACAUGUCCAGGUUAGAAAAGAUGCCAUCAAUCCCUGAGGAGCCUGAGGUGUCUGAGGGAGAGUUGGAACUCAAGACAAUGCCAGACUUCAUAAAACCUCUCAGUGACCUGGAAGUAGUUGAAGGGAAAGAAGCAGUAUUGAAGUGCAGGGUAACAGGCAUGCCAUACCCCAAAAUCAUUUGGUUCCACAAUGGCAAGAUGAUAGAGAGCACAGAUGAAGUAAAGAUGAUACAGUACAGGGAUGUUCACAGUCUGGUCAUUAAUUCUGUGUGUCAUGGCCACAGUGGUGUGUAUAAAUGUAUCAUCUCCAAUAAAGUGGGGAAGGCUGCCUGCUAUGCUCAUCUAUAUGUUGCAGUUAGCCUUCCCGAGCCUCCUGAUGGUCCUCCACUAAUUGGAUGUGUGACUGGGAAAACUGUCUCAUUGAGCUGGAAAGGACCAAAAAACCUGGAUCCAUCCAUGGAUUCUGCUUCACUCAUGUACGUUGUUCAACAACAAGCUCUGGGCUCCACCCAAUGGACAACCAUUGCCUCCAAUCUCAGAGACACCUCUUAUACGGUUCCCUCACUUUCUAAGGGUGUGUGUUAUUCCUUCAGAGUCCUUAGUGCCACCGGAAAAGCAUUCAGCAAACCCUCACAACCCACUGACCUGGUUAAGCUCAUUGACAGAGGACAGUAUUUACACAAGGCUCCAGUCAUCCUGGACAAACCUGAUAUUGUGUAUGUAGUUGAGAACCAGCCUGCCACCAUCACAAUAACUCUAAAUCAUGUCCAAGCAACAUGCAUGUGGAAAAGGUUAGUGAUAAAUGCAAAUCAAACAUUCAAACUACAAUAUAAAUUGUGA